AUGAACCACCACCACCACCAAAACCAUCUACCAUCUUCCUUGCCCAGCAACCCUAACCCAGAACCAGACCCUUCUCUCCCUUGCAAUGGCUACCACAAGAUCUCUCUCCCUCUUCUUCGCCGCUGCAUGUCCGAUCCUUGCAACCCUCCUUCUGCCACCGCCUCCAACCCAUCAUUCUUUGAUCCUUCUCUUUCCUCUGCUUCUCGCUGUGGCGGUUCUCUGCCCAAUUUCACUCCUCCGUACUCUCCUGAUCGCCACCACUGCCCCAAGACUCCAUCCCAUUCCCCGACUCAUAGGCUGAGGAGGAUGAAGGACCGCCUCAGAGAGAUGAGACAUUGGUGCCAGCAACUGAUGCGUGAAGAGGACUUGAUGGAAGAAGAUGAAGAUGAGCAACAGCAGGCAGUGGAAGAAGAAGCACAAGUACAGGCUGUUGAUGCCACUGAUCAAGAUUUUCAUAACAAUACUGGUGCUGCUGAGUUUCCAGAUGUCAAUUUUCUUAAGACAUUCUUUUUGGCUGAAGCACUGACGUACAAAUUCUUUCUGAUGUCAGUUUUACAAAUGAAUAAAGUUUCCUGA